AUGUCAUUGCCGAUCAUCAAGAGGAUGUCCAUCAUUCCCAGCAAUAACCGAAGCGAUUCAUGUUUUUUUCCCGAUUUGCUGAUGGGUUUAGCUGGUUUCGGAUGGGAACCGAUUAUAGCAGAGAAGUUUGGACAAGAUACAAAAGAAGGAGAACGGCGUCACGCUCAUUAUAUCCAAACAAAAAUACGAAAACCGUUCAAUGAACUAAAGGGAAUGGGAAUGGACGGCUAA